GACAGGGAGGGAGAUGCAGAGAAAGUGAUACAUUCCUCUGGGACAGACACACCAGGACAGGGCUCUGACACAUGAAGAGUGAAAAACAGACACUUGAAGCUGUUCUGUUCUGUCGUUGUGGUUUUCAUCAGACAUUGGAUUUUGGAAGAAAAUUGAAAGGUCAGCACAAAUUAUUUUCUGAUGUUUUGUCUUUAUUCCUUUUAAUUUGGUCUGAGGGAUGCACAUGCCCAUACUUCACAUGCCUGUAUGUUACAUCAGUCCCUAAUACUGUGUGUGUGUGCCCCAGGUUCGUCUGUUGACCCUCCUGUGGAGGGCUUGACCAGGGAGCGGGCGAGGGAGCAUGACCGUGGCCGGCCUCAUGAGAGGAGGCACCACUCUGCAGCCGGGGAGACGAAGCGUUACUACUCCUGUGAGCGCUACGUAGGCAGGGAGCACUGCCACACCAAGUCAGCUGGCCCCAGCCGCUCCACCUCCCCUGGAGAGACCCACGACCUAGGCCUCUUCAAGCAGAGUAUCGGGAUGAGUAAAGGCAGCCAAGUGGUCCUAACCUUUGGAUCUAGUCCAUCCUGCCGUGGGCGCAGACAGCUCCCCCAGACCCCCCUGACCCCCCGCCCCGCCGUGGCCUACAAGACCGCCAACUCCUCACCUGUGCAGUUUGGUGCCACGGGGCACAAAUCCAGUCUCAGCCGUGGCCUCUCGGAGCAUAGCGCCCUGUUGGAGUCACCCGCCGUGCCCGUCACCCGCAUCGGCUCAGACCCCAACCUGAGCCCCCAGUUGCGGGGUGCCCCUCCACGCAGCCUCCCUGAGGAGCCUGAUGACUUCCAGGACGCUGUGAGCACCCAUGGAGGGGGAGGUGGCCGCUCCCCCAGGACCUCUGCCUCAGCAUCCCAUGGGGCUACUGAGCCUUCCUCUGCACCUGCCCCACAAGGCCGGGCUGGGGUCCCAAACGGGUACCACUUCACUCUUCCACUCUUGGGGUCAAUGCCGUUUCAAGCUCCAGCCCCAGAGGGACUGGGAGUUUCCGUGGCCACGGGUGAGAG